AUGAAAUUUCUGAUUUAUUUUGGUGCCUUUUUCGUGCUCGCUUUUGCUCUAAACAAAGAAGCUGCUGAGGAUACGGUUAAAGAAGAGGUAAAAGACGAAGCUGUCAAGGCACUUCACGAAUCUCGGCCAAAGAGUGAGAAAAUAAGAGUUUGCACAUGCAAGGAAUUGGAUCAAUGCAUUGACAAAGCUCGAAAACAAGCCAAUCAAUAUCAAGUGAUUCCUUGUAUGAAAGAAAAUUUGGAUGCCUGUUCUGAGAAAAAGAAUUCCGAGAAGGCACCAAAUAUUGAUUUGAACACUUUCCUUUCCAAAGUGGAAGAAGAUGUUGAUCAUCGAGCACAGACAAUCCUUCGAGCAAUUAAAUCAAAGGAUACUGAUAAACUAGCCACCGCUACGAAAUCUUAUUUCAUGUGUUUCAAGAAUUGUUUCAUGAAUGUAAAGAAUUCAGACGGAUUUUGCCAUGAACAAAUUGGAUGCACUCUCGAUAUCACGGACAAAGCCGUCAACAAAACGAUUGAUGUUUGUGGAUCGAAAAUCGAUUGGGCUAAAGAGCUCGGUGAUGUGUGCUCGUGUGCUGAGAAAGCGGGAAUUAGUGUUCUCCACGAUUACUGUGGAAUGCUUGAUGAGUUCUCGGAC